AUGAUCCUCACUGGAGAUGACGAAGAGGAGAUGGAUCAGCUGAAGAAGAAUUUAUUUACAGAAUUUGAAAUGAAGGACUUGGGAUUGCUGAAGUAUUUUUUGGGUAUAGAAGUGUUGAGAUCGAAAAAAGGGAUCUUCAUCAGUCAGAGGAAGUAUGUUCUUGAAUUACUUACAGAAACAGGACUAUUGGACUGCAAGCCAGCCGACACUCCUAUGGUUCAGAAUCACGGUCUGCAAAUAGUAGAAGGAGCUGAAGCUACCCACCGCACUCGAUAUCAAUGUUUGGUUGGGAAAUUGAUAUACCUAUCCCACACAAGACCCGACAUAGCUUAUGCAGUUGGAGUAGUCAGUCAGUUCAUGCAUGCACCUCAAGUAGCUCAUUGGGAAGCAGCACUGAGGAUUGUUCGAUAUCUAAAGGGGACAGCAGGCCAUGGAAUUCUGUUUGAGAAUCAUGGACAUUUGGAGAUUCAUGGGUUUACAGAUGCUGAUUGGGCGGGAAAUCCAAAUGAUAGAAAAUCGACUGCAGGAUAUUUCACCUUUGUAGGGGGAAAUCUUGUCACAUGGCGAAGCAAGAAGCAAAGGGUG